AUGGCCGCUCACAGAUUUGAUCCCGAGUUCACCGACAAUGUCAUUAACUCAAUGGGUCCUAAGACCUCACCGCGUAUGCGUCAGCUUAUGAGCGGUCUGAUCAGACACGUUCAUGACUUCGCGCGCGAGAACGAGCUUACAGUUGACGAGUGGAUGGCUGGUGUGAAGAUGCUCAAUUGGGCAGGACAGAUGAGUGACGAUAAGCGCAAUGAGGGACAACUAGUCUGCGACGUCAUUGGUCUGGAAACUCUUGUUGAUGAAAUUACUUUUACUCUGGCCGAUGAGGCUGCAGAUGCGCCCACCGCCACCGCCAUCUUGGGCCCGUUCUUCCGUGCCGAUACCCCGUGGCGCGAGAACGGCUCCGAUAUUGUCGUUACUAAGCCAGAUGACGGCGAGAUGGCCUUUAUGCAUGGUCGCAUAAUGGAUGUUGCCACUCAGAAGCCUCUUGUUGGCGCGUCAGUUGAGGUGUGGCAGGCAUCGACAAAUGGAUUGUAUGAGCAGCAAGAUUCCAAUCAGGUUGAGUUCAACUUGCGUGGAAAGUUUAAGACAGAUGCCGAUGGUCGCUACUACUUUUAUUGCUUGCGGCCGACACCUUAUCCCGUUCCAGAUGAUGGCCCUGCUGGAAAGCUCCUUGAGUUGAUGGACCGUCACCCCUUCCGCCCUGCCCACAUUCAUAUUCUUGCUACUCACGAAGGCUACCGCCCUCUCACUACUCAGAUCUUUGAUAGCCAAGACAAGUAUCUGACCAACGACUCCGUGUUCGCGGUUAAGGACUCCUUGAUCGUGGACUUUGUCCCCCGCGAGGGCGACUCCAAGGCUGCCCUUGAGCUCAAGUACGAUGUUAAGCUUGUGGCUGAUGAAUGA